GGGUGGUUGGGGCAGGGACGGACCCGAGCCGGCACAACUUCCACCCCACCGGCCACACGGAGCCGCCGCGGGAGGAGCGUCCGAGCCGGGAUUUGAAGAUGUCUAGAAAGAAACCGAAGAAAUUAACUGGAAAAGAAGACUGUUUGGAUGGCCAGGAUGACAAUACUACUGAAGACACAAGAUCUUAUAAGCACACUAUGAAAGGAGAGACAGAACUCCAGAGAUCCAAACCAGAGAAAGAUGGGCAAAAGAAGAAGCGACACCAAAGCUCUACUGUUUCUCAUGAUGCUGAUGAAAGAUCCCAAGGAAAAUCUCCAAAUAGAAGCAAAACUCUGGACAAUUCUUCAGUUCAACCUGAAAAGCAAAAGAAAAUAGUUAUCCAGUUUAAACCCAAAGAAAUUAAACACGGAAAAAUCAGCCGCACUCCCGACGCAGUGACUGCGAGCAAGGAACGGAGCCGCUCCGAGGGAACAGAGAAAAGGCUCUGGUACACCUUUGAACUUCAGAGGGAGAAGGCCCUGAGGAAGAAGAGAGAGAAAGCUGAACUCUGCAAGCUCAAGGUAAAAGCAGAACAAGCCAUGAUAGAGAAGUUUAAGUCGUCGGUGUCCGACGUGCCACAUAAAAAGGCAGACAGCUCAAAAAAGCGGAGUGAGGAUGGCAGAAUUCCAAAGAAGCCACCCAGCACCUCUGUGGGGACAGAGUGCGGUGGCAGACCCGUCACUAAGGAGUCACAUGUACUAUCUGGCCUUUGGGAAGAGGAGGAGGAAGAAGAAUAUAAGGAGUUUCCUGUGAAAAAGAGGCACAUGAGUAAACACAGAUCGACAGACUCUUCAGCCGAGACACCUCCACGGUGGGACUCCCGUAAGUGGAAAAAGCAUGUUGCUGGUUCUCCUCCUGAACCUUCUGGAUGCUCAGGGACUGAAGAGAGGGACUUUGAAGCCACACAAGUGUGUUUUAAGCAGGAUUUGGAGGGGCCGUGCUCGUCUGAGUCCUACCAGGAAGGUGAGGUCAGAAAGCCUGUGUCUGUCCAAAAGAACUUUGAAGACUUUCCAGCCCUUCAAGACACUCGGAGCCCAGAAACAGACCAUGAGAUGCAGAUAGUUGAAGACUUGCACGUUGCCCGUGUGGAGAAGAGGAUGGCACUGUCUGUAGUACAGGCUUGUGGAGAACUUACAAGCAUGGACAUUGAUCUUCCAGAGCAGGAUUUAAAUAUUUCUGCUGAGGCUUUUACUUCUGGUCUGAACAUACUGGUGGUGAUUGACACGAACAUCAUGAUUAGUCACCUUGAGUUUGUCAGAUCCCUGAAGUCUGAGGAUAUACCAGGUGUUGACAGACUUGCUUUAAUAAUUCCCUGGGUAGUCCUACAAGAGCUGGACAAUUUGAAGAAGGGGAAGAUGUUGCAGCAUGUCCGGGACAAAGCGAUCCCUGCAGUCCAGUUCAUCUACAAGUGUCUCAAAAACCAGGAUUCCAAGCUGUGGGGACAGUCCAUGCAGCUGGCUUCCCAAAAAAUAUAUGGGCUGAGCGAUGAGAACAAUGACGACCGUGUCCUGCAGUGCUGCCUGCAGUACCAGAGCCUCUUCCCUCAGGCUGUUGUCAUCCUCUGCACAGAUGAUAAAAAUCUGUGUAAUAAAGCCAUUGUGAGUGAGGUCAAGGCAUUCUGCAAAGCUGAUUUGGUCGCUGCUCUGCAGAACGUGCGUGUGAACAGGCCCCAGAGCUGUGCAGAACAGCAGCCCCGACGUGAUACAGCAUUUGAGAAGACACGAGGAGGUGAUGCUGGUUUUACUGCACAGUUCCCAAAUGUGCUUCCACACCUUGAGAAGAACUUAGGAGAAGCUUUGUCUUGCAUUUUGGAGACUGAGAUGAAACUUGCAUUUGGCAACCUGUGGAUGGAGAUCCUGUAUCUGAAGCCACCGUGGACAUUGGUAAACCUGCUGAAGUGUUACAAAAAACACUGGAUGUCUGUUUUUGGUUAUGUGGUGCCAAGGAGUUUACUUUCAACUGUUGAGUGUCUCUCUAAGCACCUUUGUACAGAUAAACCGUUGGACUCCUCAACAGUGCGUGUCUUGCUCCAGGAAUCCAAAAAACUCCUCCAUGCUUUCAGCUCCAGGUCAGACUACAACGGUGUCCUGCCCCAGGCUUAUGCUGCAGUGACUAAACUGUGUGACAGGCUGGGAGAGGUGAGGGCAGACAGUGAGCAGGAUUUAUCAGAAGACAUCAUGGUUCUUUCAGAAAAUGCUGAAAAAAUGGAAGCCACGACACCCAAUCUGCCAAACUCUGAAGAAAAAGAGUUACAUCCAAGCUUUCAUGUGGCUCAGGAAAGCAGGCACCAGGAAAUCUGGUCGGUCCUUGAGGGUGUUUGGAACACAAUGAACCUGUUCAGUAUUGAAAUAUUCCAGAAGUUGGACCCCAGUGCAGUGACUAUGGCUGCAAAGUCUUCGUUUGAGGAAGCUUUUUUAGGCCUGCAAAAGCUGUUGGCAGCAGUGAAGGAUAUCCAGGAAGGAAUUAGUAGAAUUUUGAGCCCAACCAGCAGUUUCCAAGAUAUUUGGACCCUCUAUAACUUCCUCAUAAGGCACGAGGUGAAUAACAGUCUGAAAUUCACUGCUGAGGAGCUUUAUGGGUGUGUUUCCCAGGAGCUGUAUAGGGAAAGGUUGGAAGUUGGUUGCUGCCAGCUGGCACAGCUGGAGCAGACCCUGGAGCAGUGCCGGGUGUCGGUGCACAGGGAGGCCGAGAGCAGGGGCUGGCUGUGACACCCCCAGGCUGUGACACCCCCAGGCUGUGACACCCCCGGGCUGUGACACCCCCGGGCUGGGACCCUGCUGGGCUGGGACCCUCCUGGGCUGUGACCCUCCUGGGUUGUGACACCCCCGGGCUGGGACCCUCCUGGGCUGGGACCCUCCUGGGCUGUGACACCCCUGGGCUGGGACCCUCCUGGGUUGUGACACCCCUGGGCUGGGACCCUCCUGGGCUGGGACCCUCCUGGGCUGUGACACCCCCGGGCUGGGACCCUCCCGGGUUGUGACACCCCUGGGCUGGGACCCUCCUGGGCUGGGACCCUGCUGGGCUGGGACCUGGGGCUGGGGGGCUCAGCCCUGCCUUGGCCUCGCCCAGGUGAACUCUGACUCCCCAGGGGAGGGGAGGGAAGCACUGGAGGAGCCAAAACAGCUGCCUUCUGUUGUCAACGGUGCUGGUUUGCGUUGAGCUGAAGGACAAAACCCUGGUUACCUGUGGACAUUAAAUGUCGAAUUUCUGCUGCAAACCACCCGCCAGUAGAAUGCUCUGUCUCGAGGGAGGAUACCCAUGGAUACCCAGGAAAAUCACGGCUGGGCUGGGAUGCAGAGGGGGGCUGGGCGGCUCUGAGUGCUGCCCCUGGGCCUAUAGGAAAACCCUGGUGUUUGUUUUGCUGGUACUUUGGAAGUGACAGGUGAGAUAACUGAGUCUGUCGUGUCCCACGGGGGGCUCUGGAGGAUGGAAAGGGGCCGAGGACAAGGCUGGGAAUGAAGGACUGAGGAGGGGCAAUGGGGACAGAUGGAUGCUCAUUGUUUUUAAAAACAAAGCAGACCCCCCUCACCCCCUCCUGCAGGUGUGUUUGUCCUGGACCCCUUUUCAGAGGAAAGGGAUGUUUUUCCUUUGUUAAAAUGCCUGCUGAAUCUUCAUACAGUGGAAACCUGCUGGCAGUGCUCUUUGGGAAAUUCAUCAUCCUUCUCUUGCCACCUCCUCCUGCCAGGGUGGGGCUGGUCGUCCCUGCCCUGCAGGUGACACCUCACUGCGCUGCUGGUUGCCCUCCAGAACUGCUUACAGCCCAUGAAACUUUCCAAGAGCCAUUUUCCAAGGCCUUUCUAACGCUACCUCUUUGUGUGUAUUCGUACUGAGACAAGAGAUGACUUGCAAAGUUCUAAAGGGUCUAUUUUGAUAUUAACUUUUGGCUGUAUUUGUAAAACCUUGACUGUACAGAUGUAAUUUAUUGUUACAUUAAACGGUGGUUGAUUGU